CCGCUAAGAAAAGAAGUCACGGUAGGAAGGAAAUGGUGAUUGUAACUGCACGUCUGUUGCGAUGGCUCAUCUUAGCUUAAAAUGGUCAGCUAACAUUUCUUUGCCUUGAUGGCUUGCUUCAAUGGAGAGAUUGGCACAAAAUUUCCUAGCGGUCGUUGGGAAGAAUUUUGCAAGGACAGGGCAGAAGUCGCGGCGAGGCAAUUCGCCAAUGAAUUCGUCCAAUUUUUAGGAGACAAUCCCGUGUACGAUGUUUCUGGGGCCUCGACUACUUUUUCUAAACGUUUCGUCGAGUAUUUCUUGCAGUCAUUCGACAGCGAAGUGCACAAGAAUGAUUUUAUGGACUUUGAUGCCCCCGAUUCACCUACGGAUGUAUUUGGUCCCGAUGACUGGGGAUCGAGCGUUCAUCUCACAGGGUCUUUCAAGCCCAUUGAAAAGAAAAAUAACGAAUCAAGUUUCAAGUUCCUUGGCAAGCUCAAGGACGUAAAAGGAUUUUUUAAGCGUAAUGUUAACGAUGAAUCCUCAGGUCCGGCAAAGCACGCGGAAACAAGAAGAGAGUGCGAAGAUAGGUCGAUCCCACAAGAAGCGAAACUGACAACUGCGAUCAAAAGAGAAGGAAUCAUGAAUUAUCUUAUGAACUUGGAGAGCGGGGUAAACACAGAGGACUUCUUCUGGCAGAAAUGCCGGGUCGUUCUGUUUAAAGCUCCUGGAGGAUUCAUGUUAGAGUUUUACACCCCUCCGAAGGUAAGAAGUUUUUUUCAUGGUUUGUCGUUAAAAAAAAUCCACUUCAUCUAGCAACAUUGCUAUUUUCCUCGAUCAUACAGCUGUUGCUGUUUGUCCUGGUAUCGGUUUAUUAAUUCACAAUAUAGUUGGUGUGUUUAUUUUGUCUCUAGAGGUUUUGAGGGUGAUAAUGCGCUAUUAAAACUAACAGCAAUAGUGUCAAACUGAAAGUGAAGCUGCAAAGUCAUUUUUUUGUGCUUGGUCACGAUUGUUCAUGCAGUUCCUUUUCUAAAUUACCUCAAGUUUUAUACCUAAUUUCAGAAGCAGUUAUAAAAUGUAGCGUUCUUUUAAUCCCAUUGUGGCUCCACAGUCAAUCAACAUGCGUGAUCGCAAGUAUUAAUUAUCUCAAGAUUAAAUUUUUAGCAAAAGUGAAAUUCAUUUUUCAUAACCCCUUUUUUAGCUUGAAUAUUUAAUCAUACAAAAUAUUAUAAUCAUACAUGAUAUGGUUUGUCUGAAGUUUGAGCUCGUCUAUAUCAGUCUCUCGCUUAUGGACUUCCGUGUAAUAUAUUAUCGCGCAUGGGUGAGUUUUAUUUGGCAGCGUUCCCAUAUGACCUAUUAUAUAUGGCACAAUGUCAGGUUUGUAGACACUGAUAAAUAUGCACAAUAUGUAUUUAGGUAAUGUGAAAUUCAACUGAAUGUGUAAGAAUUACAAAAAGGAUGGGAGACUUCCUGUACUUUUGAAUCAUGUCUCUUAAAAUUUUCAAGUUCCAUAAAAAGGUAAAACUUCUUAAAAAAUAAAUAGAUAAAUGCAAAUAAAAUUUCACAGGACCUUUUGACAUUUUUGUGAUGUAGGCGGUACAUGAUUUACAUUACAAAAAGUUACAUAACCCUUAAGCCCUAAAAUCCACGUACAAAUUGACCAGACUGAUCUUUAAGAAUUAAGAGAAAUUGUUCAAAGAUCAAGGUAUCUUCCCUUGGUGAAUCAUGUUAUUAAUAAUUAUCAUAACCUUGUCUCUUGACUAUGCAUUUUAUUGGUAGUAGAAAAUAAUUGAUGUGAAGAUGAAAUGGUCAGCAUGUGAGGAGUGUGGGACAAGAAAAAAGUCUGAGUCCCCUAUAUAUGACCUCCCAAAUACCGGGCGGGUGCUCUAUCCACUGAGCUAUGGGGAACUCAUGGAGAGCAAGGCCAUAUACUGUGUCCACAUUUGACACGCGUCCUGCAUAUUGUAGGAUCAGCAAUGUUGAGAUCAUACUGUAAGGUGAAAGAAUGAAAGAUGGCAAAUUUUAAGCUCGGUGAACAAAUGUGAAGGCGAAAUAAUCAGCCAUUCACAAUGUUGAUCACUGUCUGACUUAAAGGUAUAAGGUUCACCUGUAGGCUCAAUCUGGUUUACUUAAUCAAAUCCUUGGUUUUAUUUUGCUAUAUUGUUUUGUUACACGGCAUGUUUGCAAACUGCCAUGAAUGACCUAAUAAUUCCCCCAAGUGUCUAUUUCAUUAUUUUUAUGGGUCCAAGCCAGGGCAUUUAAUACAGCUUACAAAGAAAGUCAUGUCCGAUAGCCCGAGGCUAGUGGAUUUUGCUAUUGGGCCAGUGAUUUUUGUUCUUACCAGUAACUUGCUGGAUGGGCAAGUGCUGCUUUUUGGGGAAAUUCAAAUUACAGAAGGAUUGUAAUCAGUCCUGCCAAUCAAAAAGGGUUUUGGGGCUAGUUGAAAUGACUUGUAGGCUAGUACAUGCUAGCUACAGCUUUCCCGAAUGGCAGACUGUAAAACUGACUUUCUAUGCACCCUGAAUAGAUAAGAGGCUUUUGAAAGAGAGAGGUAUUAAAUAUUCACAUAACCGAACAAGCUCAACAAAACUAAUAUGCUUUCAGCAAAAAUAUUAAGAGGGUUUUAAAAUAGUGGAAUCUCCACUCCAGCAAGUCUAGGUCAUCUAGCGAUCCACAUCACUCUUUCAAAUCCCAACGUCGAUGUCAGAAUCCUCACUCAGGGUUAUUGUGUUGCCAUUAUUAGUCUAUCCUCACUUUCAACUUGGCACUGAGCAAGAUGAACAUAUGCAAAGCCUUGUUACACAAGCAAGAAACUGAAUGAAUCCGAAUGGUUUUGCUCCUUUUUGCUAAUCCCUAGUAUUUUGGAGUAAUUCUUGUAGGUGGCAUCUAUUAGAUGGGGCAUUUAUUAGAGUCGGGCAUCUAAUACAAUUUUAACAGCAUAGAGAGGGCCUUUGUUAGAUAAGAGGCAUUUAUUUGGAUGUGGGAGUUUAUUACAUAGGUGAGUUACAGUUAAAACCCAUUAGCGUUUUUUCUGAUGAUUUUCUGUUAUACUGUGUGACAUAGUGACUGUCAACAAGCCUCUCUCAUUAAAAGGCAUAAGUGCUGGUUUUGGGAAAAGAAGAGAGCUAGACUCCCUUAGCAUUUUGUUUGUUGAAAUAUUUUAACCAUUUUUUUUCUUGCAAUUUUUUCUCUAGUCGCCAAAAGCAAAAACAGGGAUAUUUUGCUUUCUUAUACAUGAGGCAAGGCCUGCCACAGAAUUAGAGCUUCCUGGAGGGCAAAAUGUCUUUGUCAUAAAGGUAUGAGUGUCAUGUACCAGUAAUGUCUUACUUGCCAUGCACUUUUCUUUAGCUCAAGCAGAGAUCUUACCAGCCCUCCAGUAACUGGGGAUAAUGUAACCCCAGGGUUUGAAAAAAUAACUUGAUUUCUGGCAUGGCCUUUGGCACCCUGCCUGUGGAGCCUUUCUUUUGCUUGCUCAUUUUUGGUGUACUCAAGAAGGACUGCUCAUGAAUCAAAUAAGAUCUUUUGAUCUUUGUUGAGCAUGCACUGCUUGUUGCUAGGAUAGAGUUUCUAACUCAGACCUAAUAGGUGUGAGCUUGGUACAGUGGGCUCAGUUUUGACCAUCGGUUUAUCAAGCAAUGGAUGUUUGCCAUCGAAAAUGAAAAACCAGCUUGACAAAAAAAGUCAAGAUUGACUAGUCGAGAAGUUCGGGCUGUGGUGACUUCAAAGGCUUGGUGUGACGGGGUUCAGGCAGAGCCUCCUUUUCAAACUCCUCAAUCAAGAAAAAACAAAAGAAGGCUCUGCUCACAGGGCGGUCCUUGGGGCAAGCUACAGCUCUCACAUUGUGCUUGCAACCUGAGACCACUUCUUGCUCGUGUUAGUAAGUUAAUGAUUUUUAAGAGGAUGACUUGCCUGGACCCUUACCCAUUAGGCAAGCUAGAAAAUCUACUUGUCCCUCCGGACUACCAGAUGGGACUUUUUUCAAGCCCUGAAAACCCAUAAACUUGGAUAAUAAACAGACUGUUCGUAAGAACAAUAUUAUUGUUCUGACGAACCGUUAAAUGUGUGGCACACGCACGCUGGUUUAUUUCACAUUCCACACGCUUUAGUUUAAAUUUUAAAUGUUGCAUAUAAUGUAUUUUUGCAAGCCACCUUAUUUUAUUCACGUAAUGAACAUGUAAUAAAAUCCGAUUCUACCUUCGUAUUUGGCGUCUUUAGUCAAUGGAAUAAUGAUUGUGAUAAGUCUCCAGUGGGUAAGUUUUAGGGAAACCCUUUGUUGCUUUAUGGAUUGUUAUACUCAGCCAUAAUUCAACUGGGGCCUGGGUUGUUGGAGAAGUGAAAAUUUGCUUUGUAUCCAGAAGAUUCCUGGAUGAUCUGGAAGUACAUUGUAGAGUUGCUGCAACACAUGUUGCUGAAAUGUGUCUGAACUGCAUGACCAUCAUUGUUGUAAAAAUAUUGUGGAAUGUUAACCUAUGACAUAUUAAUGAUACUUCAUUAAAUUUACUUACAGUAAAGCUUAUCAAUAAUAAAAUGAUUAUAAAUAGGCAGUAAACAAGAGAGAGUACAUGCUAGCUGCUAAUGAUAAACAAGAAAUGGAUGAAUGGCUAGCUGAGAUCAGAAAGUGUAUGGAGGAAGACCAAGGCUCAACUAACCAAAGGUAAGAGUCCUCUGCAUAUUAGUUUAAUAAAGUCUGUUGACUUAUUAAUUAAAGAGGGUUAUUGUCCACACAGUCAAAUCCCCUCGGGGGAAACUAAAACCCUUAAUAUGUGACUGCCUGGUGUUUGAAAUUUGGUUGAUGAGGCAAGUUUUACUGUAAUAUUUAUACAGCUGAACCUUCAGGUGUGACCACCUCUCUUAAGCAAACACCUACCAUAUGCGACCACUUAUAUUCAAAACAACAAAAAUGUUCCCAGUCAAAGCCUUAUUGUAAAUGACAGUUCUAGGAUUUUCCAUUGUCUUCAUUCUCUUCUAAGUGACCACCAUGGGACAAUAAAAUUGAUCGUCCCAUGGUGUCCCAUGGUUUGUGCUUGUUGUAUGUACUACGCAACUUGGAGUAUGAGAGGAAGUUUUAAAAGCAACACGAAUUUUUUCUAUUGAAGGCUAAAAAUUGCUUGCAAAACACUGUCCAAAAAAAGUCCAAAAAGUAGAUAUGACCUGACUUCUCCUCAUUAAAGACCUCCUGCACUUUGAGUCUUAGAAGCAACCACCUCACAAAAGCGACCAUAGGCGUACGGGCUAUUUUUUGCCAGGGGGGGGCGGUAAACCAUUUGCCCAAAAACUUUUUGCAACUUGCUCAAAUUUUUACAAAACAGUCGAACAGAAACGAGGGCCGAUGCAACAACAUAGGCCAUACUGGCAAAUGAAAAUGGCUCGAUACAGUUUUUCAGAGUCAAUACUUGCCAAGUUUGUGCGUAGACUAUGUCGCCAUAAACAAACAUUUGGAAAAAUUGCCACCACAGUUGUAUUAGAUAAAGAUGAAAAUUUGUUGUGAUCAGGGUUGCAAUGACAUCGGAGUUGUCAUAGUAAUGAAAUGAAGCCAUUACCUAUUAUGCUUGCAGCAAUAUUUCUCCGUGGGAACUGUUCUUCCAAAAUCGAUCACAGGAGCUUUUUCCUCCAAUAGUCCCCUUGAUGUUUGUGAAGUUAAAACGGAAUCUGUAAGAGCGUUAUCGAGAUAUUUUGGGAUAAAGUUUUUGUCAUUGGAAAUACGGAAAAAAAAGGAAAAUGUUAUCUGUAGAAAACGAUGGGCUUUUGACAUGCAAUUUCACCUCAUAGUAGUUUCAAUAUUUUUUAAAAGAUCAUGGAGAUAGCUCCGGUCAAUUGCUACAAAGAAGGAUGUAUCAUGGCACUCUUGUUAGCGGUUUUGUAAGCAUUUCAGUCUACUUUAACAAAUUAAAUUAGUGAAUAAUUUUUAAACCGCUCGAUAGAUUUUUUUUAAAAAAAUAAGAUUCUUCUGGUAAUUCAAACUAAGAAUUAGUCAGCCACUUCUUCACUUUCAGAUGCAUUGCUGAUGCUAUCUGCCAUACACUGUUCUACGAGCGGAGAUGAUUCUAGAAAGUUAGGCGGAAGUUUAUUCUAAUAAAUUCACGAGUGGAAAUAGCCCAUUGCAGCACAGUGCCCAACAAUAAAAAAAUCAGCAUAAUAUGAUACCUUUCCCUUAUAACCAUGCAGACACUCGUCACGUCCUAGGCAGCCACUGUCUCGUGUCAAUGUAACUGGAUUAUUACGCCGACUUCAGGUUAAAAUAGAAAAUAUUUAUCUCUUGUAAAUAAUAAUAAUAAAAACAUGCAGACGUCUUUAAAAACUGGCUUUGCCCAAAUUUUCUCGUGCUGCCCAAAAAAUCUGAGUUGCCCAAAAUUUGGGGGGGCUGCCGGCUCCCUCGCCCCCCUGGCCCGUACGCCAGCGACCACUUACACUUCGCAUUUUGGGUGGUCACUUGCGAGACAUUCAACUACACUUCACCUACGUAUACAAUAAUUUUUUUUUAAACUCCUUAUAGUGGAACUGGUUCAGGUGCAGAAGAGAGAGGUGCGACAGGAGGCCCUCCUCAAAGCGCCUCUGUAGAUGUAGUUGCCACACCAAAAUUCUCAGCAGGAGGAGUGAAGCUUGGAAACAGUCAGUCACUAAGAGUGAGACUGGACAGUUAUCCAGCAGGCAAGUUGCACUGCUCUUUCUUUGUAGUGGUUGAUAAGGUUUAUUCUAGCUAUUGCUAAAAAUCAAGCACUUACAUACCAAUGCUCUUUAGUGCAUUUGGUUUAAUUGAAGAGGUGCCUGAGGUAAAGCUUUGAUCAAGUGAUAUUUGUUGAACUGCUAGUUUCUCCUUCCAGUACGUCUUUUAUGUUUGUGAACGAAAGGGAGAAUUUGAUAUUAGAUCAGGAGUAAAUUUUGACCUAGGAGGUCUUUAUGCCACCCACCCCCUUCAAUCAAAAGAUAGUUAGCAGUGAUGAUCAGACAACUAUGUUACAGUGUACCUCAAACUGCCACUUUCAUUAGUCUGCAGGUUUUAUUGUUAUGUUUUGAAGGCACAAUUAUUUUCUGCUAAAGGUUAAAAAUUCACAGGAAAAUCUCUUUAAAGAAAGUUACUUUAAAAAGUGGUUGUUUAAACUGUAAUGUCCGCAACACACUUUCUUCAACUCAUACCUUCAAGGUCUUAAGAGCUAACCAAAGCAUCUUUUUGUUAGGUACAAAGGGAACACUAAAAAGACUUUCUAGAUAUGUUUGAACACACUUAAUGAACACUUUGACUUCUAAAUUGGGGUUUAAAAUAUUAAUUUUAGCAUCUGAACGUAAUGUCCGUAACAUGGAAUCACCCGCCUAUAAAUUUCAUGCUUCAGAAGUUUUUUUAACCCCUGCUAAUUAUAAUGAUAUUUAGGUGCACACUGUAAAUGUAACAUGUGCAUAAAUUACGCUAACAGAAUGUCCAUGCAUAAAGCACACGCAAAAGAGCCACCAUAAUUACUAUCAGGGUUCUCAAUAGAAGGCGGCACCCGGCGAUUGAUCGCCGCUUACUUUGGGAUUUAUAGCCGCUUACUUUGUGUUUAAGUCGCUUUUCUUUGCUUUGUUUUGACACCUCUGGCUUUGCUGAAGAGCCUCCUACCUUAUCAGUGAUCACCUCCUACUUAAAAAUCUAUUGAGAACCCUGUACUAUAGAAAUGGGAAACCCUUCGAUGCAAGAAAAUUUGGUUAGGAUGUCAGCAUUUGUUCACCCAAUGCACCUGUGCGUACAGACUAUAGGGGAGGGGAGAAGAGCUCAGUCUUAAGGAAGGAAAAGGGAGUCCCAGACAUGAACCUUGCCUUCACAUUAUUUUAGGUCUUGAGUGAGUUUGACACUAGUCUGUACAUGCAUAUGUUAACUAUCAGUGAACACUGCAGACCAUAUUUAACCUUAGCAUACUGGUUAAUCAAACAGGUUACCAGUCAUGUAAUGAAAUGAUUGAUGUGACAAAAAUGUUGGUCUUCUUUAAUGCAGAUAAAAAACCUUCUGAGGCAGUAUCCAAUUUAGCAAAAAGGAGGAAUGUUUACUCACCCUCAUCACUCAGAAUACAAAACCGGCCCUCAGGAUCAUUAACGUCGCAACAUGGUCCACAGACACCAACCUAUCAAGGUUUGUUAAUUAUGUGUCAUAAUUCCCUUGAGUGUAUAACUAGUUUUAUACUGUCAAUGUGUAUCAUUUACCCUCCAGAACCAUUGAGCUAGGGUGCUGUCUUAAAGAUCAGGGAUAUUAUGAAUAAUAAUUAAUAUGCUAAGACAUUUCAGGAAUUUUUAGCAGUAUUUUUUGUUUAAAAAAAGUUUUUGUGGUUCAGUUUGAGCUUUUUUAUUUUUAUUUGCUUUUGGGUGUAAUAAUAUUAACAUAAUUUUAAAGUGCCUCCUUGGUUAUAAUCAUUUUUUGUUUUCCACCUAUGUUUGAGUAUGGGCUUUUUUUAUAGUAAUAUGAUUUUAUUAUAAUAAAUUAUUGAUUUUAUAAGAAAGCACUGUUUGUAGAUGUCCACACAAUAGGUGCAUUUUGAGUACAAAUAUAUGCUAUACUAUAUAUUUGCAAGUUCUAUAUUAUCAAUGAUUUCAAAUACAUUACUCUGAUUAUUAUAAUUUUCUUUUAAUACGUUGUAGAUGAUAUGACAUGGACUCGUCCUCCUCCAGAACUCCCUCCAAGAUCACCCACCAGCACUGAAGGGCCAGCCUUACCACCUAAUCAACCUGACCUUUUGCGACAGAUUUCUGCUCAAGCUGCUACACCACAGGCAAACAGUGAAGGUACAUUUCUCAGUAGUUAAGGAUCAACCACUCCUGCAAAACUAAAUUUUAUAAUAAUUAUAUGUAGUAAUAAUUAUUCUUUCUCAAUGGGAGUCAUCCCUAUUACAGUCUUAAUUAGGACUUGGCUGUCUUCAGUGUAAAAAGCAGUGUAAUAAUUAUUUUUUUCUCAAUGGGAGUCAUCCCUAUUACAGUCUUAAUUUGGAAUUGGCUAUCUCCAGUGUAAAAAGCACAACAAAAUUUUGAUUUUGUAAUGAUGACUAUUUUUGUACAGCCUGAGCUUUAGAUGUUUGUUUGACUUGAUGGAAAAGAUGAUUUAUUGAAUUUUAUGCGAAUCCUAUGCAGAGAGCCCAGUGUGGGUUAGUGCAACAUCCAUGGAAAACCACCCUCUUGCCAAUUAUCCAUGGUUCCAUGGAACUCUGCCAAGGAUAGAGGCUUCACAUCUUGUGUCACAGGGCGGCCAACAAUGGCAUGGAAUUUUCCUCAUAAGACAGAGUGAAACCAGACGAGGGGAAUAUGUAUUGACUUUUAAUUAUCAGGGAAGAGCGAAGGUUUGUCUUUUAAGUUAAUAUUAAACUUAUUAAAUAGUGGGGCCCCUUAAUAGAGUUCUAAAGUGAUGAUGUCAUAAAGAAUAAAUUUUGGAAAUUAUGAGAUUUGUUGCAGUGUUUUGAAAGAACAACAUCUGAAAGGUAUACUUGCCAAAAACUUUAGCAUAUUGUAGGGCAAAUUGUCUCAGAGAUACUUGUCCAGUUUUGCACGGAUGACUCCAUACAGAUCCUUCUAAAUUUGACUCGGUUCCUAAUGUUAUGAACUGAGCAAAAAUUAUGGAGUCAUUAGAGCACAACUGGGCUACUAUCUCAAAGACAAUUUAAUUUUUCCUAUGAUGUGACACUUUAGGACUCUAUUGGUUCAUUUCCAUAGUCAAUUCUGGUGACAUGUUCUACUGUAACUUAGGAGCCUGCACACACUGUAGAUGAUAUCCAAUGAUGGAACCAUAAUAUAUAUUGGUAAAGAGCAAUCAACUCUCUUAACCAGUUAUUUGUCUAGAUAUGAUGCUGCCCAGUCUAUUUUUCCAAGAUGCAGUGCUCCAAACUUAACUCUUUUCAAAGUUGCCAUAUGACUUUACCUAGAAUUGUCACCAGACAUAAAUAAUGGUCACCAGACAAGAAAAGGACACUUUUGUGCGAAGUGACAUGAGGGGGUUUGAAAUAAUCAAAAUUUAUUCCACCUAACUAUCACAAACUAUUUGCAGUUGUCAUUAAAUUUUGAUGCAACAUUUUUAGGCUUAGUUCAUUGCUUAUUAUAAACAAGUGAGCCUGCUUGCAGGUUAUCAGAAUUAAAUAAAGACUCUUUUCCUUCCAAGUAUGUUCCCUCUGCUUUGUAGAAGUUUCCUCUACCUUGAGUAUUAAUUUUUCAGGUUUAACGAAAUUUUAUUUAAGUAUCUGACUAAUAAUGUAAUACUUGUAUUUUUGCAGCAUCUCAGACUUGCACUUAAUGUUGAGGGUCAAUGUCGAGUUCAACACCUCUGGUUUCAAAGCAUCUUUGAGAUGCUUGAACAUUUUAGGGCAAAUCCAAUCCCACUUGAAAGCGGUGGGCCAUCUGAUGUAAUGCUGACAAAUUUUGUUGUGUAUACUGGCAGCGGACCUCGGCAGCCAGGAGGCUCUUUGCAUCAUAAUCACUCACCUAAUAGUGGAGAAGGGCUACGGCGUUCACACAGCCUCACAGCCCAUAGAAUAACAAGACCUGCAACCAUCCAAGGUGGUUCAGUUAGAAUUACGACCAGUGCUGCUAAUAGCAAUGGGCAUUCCAGGGCAGUGGAAAACCAGUACGCAUUUGUAUAAUAAUGUAUUUAAAUAUAACAAACUUAAAUAUAGCUUUAGUCUUUUCUUUCUCAAAAAAAAUUCGAAAAUAAAAUUAGUGUGGAUUGCUACUAAGGUAUAUGUUACAGGCCAAAGUUAAAUUCAAGUUUAAAAUAAUUAGGGCAAGGAGACAAUUAGGAAAUUGAGAAUCAACCAAGGUUGAAAAAUUUAAAGUUUUGACCUGUAACAUAUAUAAACUGGCUUUUAUUUUGUAGUUUCAAAAGCAAUAAAAAUGAUAAAGCUUGAUCUGAUGUUCACACUGCAGCCAUAACAGGGAUAUGUAAUUUCAAGAUAAGUCUUUUACAAAUGAAUCAUGGACAUGGUAAUCUUUAGCCUUGUUCUUUUAAGUUGCCAACCUACCCGCAACAUAGCUGGCGGUAUGCUACCUUGAUAGUUUUCAAUCAUAUGAGAACCAUGUAGUCUGACAGCAGGCAACAAGCAAAGUCUGUGGGUCUUUACUGUCAGCUUGCCUGCGAAGUUGUAUGUGAGUACUUCAGAGGUAUGCUGGCAGAGUGAGACUGACUCUGUUGCUGGCAACUUUUGUUCUGUUAUCAGAACAUUAUUCCAGGUGAUACCAGCAGAGCUCUAUUUUGCUAACCUGUGAUCAACUGAGAAAAAGGAUGCCUGAUACAUCACUUUCCACUGCAUUGGCUGCAGAUAUGGUAUGAUCUUUUGUCAACUUUCAUUAAUAAAGAGAGCUGUGUAUAAUUUGCAUUAAAAAAAAUUGAAAUUGGAAUGAUGCCACCCACAAAGUUAAAGUGGCUUUAUGCAAAAAGUAGUCACACAAUUUUCCCUUUUAGUUGAAGUUUUCUCUACAGAAGUUUUAUUGAUUGGGACGUAUGAAAUUCUUGAAUAGGAUAGUGGAGCUUUCUGUUGUACAGUGUAAAUAUGAAAGGAAAAACAGAAGUGUUUUUCUGUUGAUAAUAUAUCAAUGCACUCUUCUGUGCUUAAUAAGCAAAUGCAGCAGAAAGUUCAAGCCAAGGUGUAUUGCAGCAUCAAAGAUUGUCCAUUUGUCAUAUUAAUAUUAAUACUCCCUACAAAUCAAAAUUGAUGCCUGUUAAUUUCUUAGUGAUUGUGAUGUACAAUACAGUGCACCAAAAGGUCACUAAAGAGAUCUUUUCCACGCAGUUUUCUCUGAUUAUCUGCUGAUCAGUUUAUUUCUCCCACAAGGAAAGUGCUAUUAUAUUAUUACUGAUAGUUAUUAUAUUAGUAUGAAAUUUAUUAUCAUUAGUAGUGCGUAUGCCUUAGCUGCUGUCAACCUAGCUUUUCAUAACAUAAUUCACCAAAUUUUAAUAUAAAUAUUUCUCUUUAUAGCAGUUAUAUGAUAGGCUUGAUUACUAGCCUCUGUUCAGGGAAUGGAGCCCACACUCCCACCCUGAACUUACGGCUGGAUGCAUGAGUUUGCUAUUGUCAAUCACCACCAAUCAGAUUGUUACCUGCUUAAGGUGGCUGAACACAGUUUUGCGUGUGGUCAGCGGUAGCGAGUGUUUUAAAUUAGACAAACAAACAUGGCGGCGAAAAAAGCAAUGGUACACAGACGACGAUUUCUCAAAAUCUACUCUACAAAAUUUUGUGAUAUUUGGCAAAAUUUUUACAUUUAUCGUAUUUUAAAUGAUGAGAACGUUAAAAUGGAAGUUGAACAGACAAAUUUUGUGACACAAUUAAUAAUUACGGUAGAAUUAUAUUAUUGAUUAUCUAAAAACCCCUCUGUUAAAAUUUGGUCAAAUAAGUUUCAAAUGGUAAUGAUUAAUUAUAGUAAGCUGUGUGCGAGUUUAUGGGAAAAUCUAAUGAGCGAAUUUACGGUAAACUGAGUAACGGUGAAAUUUUAAGGUUGUAUUUAAUUGUUCAUGUUGCCAUGGAAACUA